AUGUCCGACAUCAAGCCAACCGAGACCCCCGCGCCCCGGGAGAAGCUCGAAGCCCAGAUCAAGUCCGCCGACAUGACGGAAGACAUGCAGCAGGAGUCGAUUGAAGUUGCUCAGGAGGCUAUGGCUAAGUUCACCAUCGAGAAGGAUAUCGCACAGCACAUCAAGCGGACAUUUGACGAGCGCAAGGGCCCUACCUGGCAUUGCAUCGUCGGCCGGAAUUUCGGUAGCUUCGUUACUCACGAGACCAAGCACUUCAUCUACUUCUACCUUGGCCACUGCGCAAUUCUACUAUUCAAAACGCAAUAG